AUGACUUCGGCAGGUGUAUGUCAAGUAGGUAUCGGACCAGAACUGCGUUGUUAUCAAUGUAACUCACUAACACAACCUCACUGUGCAGACUAUUUUGAUAAUCGAACUUUUCCACUGGUUGCCUGUCCGAAUGAUGGAAGAAAUUAUUCUAGGUGUGUUAAGAUGAUUCAGGAAAUGUAUCUAGAUGGAAAAUGGACUAGACGUUAUUAUAGAGAUUGUGCUGUAACCGGUGUGAUUGGUGCAGAAGAUGGUCGUUGGUGUAUAGAUCGUUUGGGUACUUAUCGUGUUAAGGUUCGAUAUUGUAAUUGUAACAAUAAAAAUGGAUGUAAUUCAAGUACACUAUUAACUGUUUCAACAACACUUUAUAUUUUUAUGUUUACCGUAUUUAUAUUUUACAUUUAUCGAAUUCCUAAAGUAUAG